AAUACUAAUUAGCUUUGUUAUCUUUUGCUUUUUUUGCUUCCAUGGCGGCUCUCUCUACUGCUCACCUACAAAUCUACUGCUCAAAGCCCGAGUCAGAAUCAACUCGGAAACCCGUUUCUUUUCCUCGGAGGAUAGCGAAACCAAUCAUCCAUGUCCCCAAGAAACUCGUGCUUUCUCCUAGGUGCCUCGACGAUAAGAUCUCGAACAGCACUUUCAUUGCCAACGGACCUGUCCCUUCACCUCCCGCUCGUUCAAAGGUGAGGCGGCAUACGAUUUCGGUGUUUGUUGGAGAUGAGAGUGGGAUGAUCAAUAGGAUCGCUGGGGUUUUUGCUAGGAGAGGGUAUAACAUUGAGUCCCUUGCUGUUGGGUUGAACAAAGAUAAGGCGCUUUUCACCAUAGUUGUCUCUGGUACUGAUAGGGUGCUUCAGCAAGUUGUGGAGCAGUUACAGAAGCUUGUGAAUGUUUGGAAGGUUGAAGAUCUCUCUAAUGAGCCUCAGGUUGAACGUGAGCUGAUGUUAUUAAAAGUGAAUGCGGAUCCGAAGCUCAGAGCUGAGAUUAUGUGGUUAGUGGAUAUCUUCAGGGCAAAGAUUGUGGAUAUCUCAGAACACACACUAACCAUUGAGGUAACAGGAGAUCCUGGAAAGAUGGUUGCUGUUCAAAGAAAUUUAAGCAAGUUUGGGAUCAAAGAAAUUGCUAGAACAGGAAAGAUUGCUCUUAGAAGGGAAAAAAUGGGUGCAUCUGCUCCAUUUUGGCGAUUUUCAGCAGCUUCAUAUCCUGAUCUUGAAGAAACAGCACCUGUUAACCCUCUUGCAGGGGCCAAAGGUAGACCAGUAGUUAGUGAGGCUGAUGUUUCUGGAGGGGGUGAUGUUUAUCCAGUGGAAUCACCUGAUGGCUUUACACUCAAUCAGGUUCUUGAUGCUCAUUGGGGUGUUCUCAUUAAUGACGAUACGAGUGGACAUCAAUCGCAUACUUUAUCCAUGCUUGUUAGUGACUCUCCGGGAGUUCUAAACCUUGUUACGGGUGUUUUUGCUCGAAGAGGUUAUAAUCUUCAGAGUUUGGCUGUUGGACAUGCAGAAGUUGAGGGGCUGUCUCGCAUUACAACUGUCGUUCCUGGUACUGAUGAAUCAAUUAGCAAAUUAGUGCAGCAACUCUACAAGCUAGUAGAUAUGCACGAGGUACGGGAUCUUACACCCUUGCCCUUUGCUGAACGAGAAUUAAUGUUGAUAAAGAUUGCUGUUAAUGCUGCUGCUAGAAGAGACGUCCUUGACAUUGCCAACAUUUUUAGGGCCAAGGCUGUUGAUGUUUCUGACCACACUGUCACUCUCGAGCUCACUGGAGAUCUAGACAAGAUGGUGGCACUGCAGAGAUUGUUGGAGCCCUAUGGUAUUUGCGAGGUUGCUCGAACCGGACGUAUAGCACUGGUGCGAGAGUCGGGUGUAGAUUCCAAAUAUCUUCGUGGAUAUUCUUUUCCUCUAUAAGUUCUAAGAAGUUUCCAAGUUAUCGGUGUGAUAAGACGAUUUUGCUUUUUUAUACUUGUGUUGUGGGAUAUUUUUUUUCUAGUGAGGAAGUUAAAUAUUUUCUAUAAUAAUCAAGUUUAGGGAAGAUUGCAUAGU